AUGCCUCGUCAUCUCCAACAACCACAUCUCCGCAACAACCACCACAACCGGACAGAACCAACAACUUCAGAACCACGUCCUCGCUCAGGACUAGGACUAGUCCAAGCGACAACCACGUCGCAGUUCCAGACCCCUCCCUCCCGAAACAUAAACAUAAACAUUCCCCAGUUACAUCCGUCGUCCGGAGCGUUGGAGACCGCGGACACGAUGCAUCCUGCUGCUGCUGCGCAAGCGGCAAUCUUCUCGCUCUUUGGACGGGGCGUGUCGGGACGACAGCGUGCACCGGUCACGGAUAUUCAUCCGGCCGAGGAGGACGAGGAGGGAUUAUAUGAAGAGGCGGAGGAAGAGAUAGAAAUAGAAGAUGAGGAUGAGGGGGAUGAGGAUGAUGAGGAAGAUAGUCAGUACGGGGAGAUAGAUGAACGAGGAUACGCGCACCAUCGACGACGAAGAAGACGGGAACGAGAACAUGUUCCUCUUGAUGCGGAGGCGAAUGAGAUUGAUAUCGAUAUCUCCGGGGAUGAUAUGGAUGGAUUAGGAGAGGAUGAUUUAGAGGAUGAUUUAGAAGAGGAUGAGAUGAUGCAGGAUCAAGAUCGUUCCCCCUCCCCAUUACCCACCAACCUACGUGAAAUUUCCUCCCUCGCAUCAUGGACAGUCUCAACGCACAAACCAGGCUGCGGCGUCGCGGCACUACGACAUCCUUCGCCGACGCAGUACUGGCAAUCGGACGGGCCACAACCGCACACGCUCACACUGCACUUCUUUAAGCUGGUCGCGGUGGUCAAAAUCCGCGUGUACCUGGACUGCGAGAUGGAUGAGAGCUAUACGCCGACGAAGAUGACGUUUCUGGCGGGGAUGGGCGGGAAUGAUCUGGUGGAGUUCGCCGUCUGGGAGGGCGAGGGACCAUGCGGAUGGGUCGAUGUGUCGCUGGAGGGUGUGGGCGGACGAGACGGUGGAUGGGUGUGCAAGAGACGAAAGAGACGCGUGCGGAAGGGCGAGAAAUCGAGGUCGAUGCGGUAUGCGACGAGUGGGUGUGAAGAAGAUAAGGAGGAAGAUGGGGAGGAGGAUGGCGAUGAGAUCCCGGCCGACGAUGACGACGACGAUGAUGAUGAGGAUGACCCAUACGCGGGCAAUGUGCUCAAGGCGAUGGUGAUCCAGAUGCGGGUAAUUGAGAACCACCAGAACGGGAAGGACACGCACGUCCGCGGAUUCCAGGUGUUUGCGCGCGACGAUGAGCGUCGACGUAUGGGCAAUGCGCCGUCGGCCUCGGCGGAUAGUCGGGUUCGCAGACACAGUGCACGCAAGUCCCUGCGUGGCGGCGCCAACGAUGACGGGACGGAGGGCCACGAGGCGGCGGGCGAUCUGGAUCGGGGCAAGGUGGUCGGGUUAGAAGCACCGGAUUGGAUGGGGGAACCGGUGAUUCGAUAA